AGGAGGAUACUUUCAUUGAAGUGUCACCAGUGGACCGUGGUGAUGGUGAGACAGUAUUUAAACAGCCCAGAAGCGCUCAUCACCAGUCAGCCACAGAAGCAAGCUUGGAGUCAAGAUGCCAAACUGGGGAGGAGGAGCCAAAUGUGCAGCCUGUGAGAAGACAGUGUACCAUGCAGAAGAGAUCCAGUGUAAUGCAAGGAGCUUCCACAAGACUUGCUUCAUCUGCAUGAGCUGCAGAAAGGGGCUGGACAGUACAACAGUUGCAGCGCAUGAGUCUGAGAUUUACUGCAAGUCCUGUUAUGGCAAAAAGUACGGGCCGAAAGGAUAUGGGUACGGGCAAGGAGCUGGCGCUCUGAGCUCUGAUCCUCCUGGACAGGAUGCAGGCCCUCAGCCUCAUGACUCCAAACCUCGACCAGCCUCCUCAAAAUCCACCGCCAAUAAAUUGUCCCAGAAGUUUGGAAGUUCAGAUCGCUGCCCUCGAUGCUCCAAAGCAGUCUAUGCAGCAGAGAAGGUGAUGGGAGCAGGGAAGCCUUGGCAUAAAACCUGCUUCCGCUGCGUUCUGUGUGGUAAAAGCCUCGAGUCGACCACAGUGACAGAUAAGGAUGGAGAGCUGUACUGCAAAGUUUGUUAUGCCAAAAACUUUGGCCCCAAAGGAUUUGGACUGGGCAACGCUGCAAUGCUGGAGGAACGACAGUAAAAACAUGCUUUUAAUAAGCCUCCCACUCAUCGUGCGGCAGCUGUCUCAGGGAGACCUUUGCACUGCUGUAAAUUCAAAGUUAUUUUUAAAACUGGCUAAAUUGUUCUUGUAAUGGUUCAAUGCAGAAUAAAAGCAUUUUAUUACCUUAAAAUUGGUUU